AUGAUCAAGGCAAUCUUCUACAGUAAAUUCGACACGAUAGAGGGGCCCAAAGUCGUUCACCAAGUCCCUGACGGAGCCAUUGUUCCAACCCCCACCGCGCCCUCACAACCACCCUUCCUCACCUUCUCCGAUGUCUCCUUCUUCGUCAUCCCGCGCCAGGAGCUCUGUGGAAACCUUUUGCAGGUCUGCACAAACGGAUAUCGGAUACUGGGCUACCCAAUCUGCAUGAAAUCCGUGCGGUAUGAUCGCAAUGAGUUCAUCUUCAACUUUUGCAUAGUCCUUGCCGAAGAAGAGGACUUCAGUACAUACAAGAGCGUGGUACAGAAGCUAGCAGACCUAAUGCAUGGUCUGGAAGAGCAAAAUGGCUUCUUGUCCCGCGACUUUUCGAAGAGUGGUGAGGGAAAGGUGUAUAGUCUCUGCGAGAUGUUGAUGGAGGAUUUGAACAAUUACUGCGAGUGCAUGAUACCCAUUGACGAAUUGAACACUCUGAACAUCAAGCUUUUCCCAAUAUAUCCAUCUCCCCCGCCAGUCAAGGCCUGGCAAGUGCCACUCUUCACGUUACGAUACCAGGCCUUCAUGGAUGAGAACUGGGACUUGACCAUGCAAAGGAUCGUACCACAUAUCAACGGUGUCAACAGCGUCCGCAUCAUCUCCGUCCUAGCUGACACAGAUUUCUCCCUCACCUGCCGCGCCCUCCGACACCUCCUCUACUACGGCUGUCUAUUUAUCCUCGACAUCUUCUCCUUCUCCGCCAUCUACGCCCCAACUGCCCAAUUCAGUACAACGAUAGCUUCCGACGAAGCAAUGCAACUAGAAUGUGCCCGCUACGUAAACCUCCGCUUCGCACCACACCCACCAAUCGGCCCCGACUCCCCUCUCCCUGCAACGCUAGCCAGAACCCCAAGUGCCAACGGCAGCACAGGAACAGCCCCGCUCUCCAGCUCUCUCAACACAGACCCAGCACCAAGCCUCACACGCGAGGAAUCCCGCUUUGACGCCGAAGAAAUCUGGCCCCUCCUAGGCCCCGAAGAAAACCCUUCCACCUCCACCUCCACAGUAUCCCCAACCGCGCUCCAUAAACCAGCUCUCGUCGACGGCGUCGCGCUGGUCGAGCUCUACGCAAGUCUCAAACAGGGCCAGAGCGUGAAGCAAUGGUACUCAGCACACAGCCGCGCCCUAGCGAACAUCGAUAUCCGUCGCUUUAUCACCUUCGGCGUGAUAAAGGGCUUCUUGUACCGCGUGCACAAAUACGCAUGCGCAACUAGCCAGCCUGCGCCCCCGCCGCGCGCGUCCUCCUUCACUCCCACCGCUCUUUCGUCGCGCGCGACUACCGGAACUAAUACACCCUAUGCAGUGUCGAGUGUGUCGGAGGACGCGCCUAUCUCGGCGGUUAUGAGGGGGAGUCUAGUCGUGAGCGGGCCGGGUCCGGGUCGAUGA